AUCAGCCACCACCCCACCGGGUCCCCCUAGACAGCAUCAUGCGCCUGGAUGUCCGCUCGGUGCCCGAGUCCGACGGUCUAUCAUUCGGCCAGCGCGUUCUGGUUUCCUUCACCGAGGACGGAAGCUCGCUGCUGGUCGCCAGCCCGGGAGGACACUUGUCCCGCACGCCGGUCGACUAUGCGCCCGGGAAGGACCUUGCCCCCGCCACGCUCGGGGCCACCUCGGAGCCCGUCUCUCUGUUCAAUGUCCCAGGACUGGAAAAUGAGAUUGACUUUGCUGCCUAUGCCCUGGCCACCAAGUCUCAUCUGCUGCUGGCUGGCACGGACCAUGCUCGAGUGAUGCUGUACCGGCUGCUGCAGCCAACGGGCGCCUCGCCGAACAUGGUUUUCCUGACGACCCUCGACCGGUUCUCCCUGCCCGUCAGUGCGCUGUCUGUGUCGGCCUGCGCGCGCUUGCUGGCCAGCUCCAGUGAGGGCGGUGAGCUUCGUCUGGUGGCCACCGAGACCGGCUUGGACAGCGGCGCUGCCAGUGUUAGCCUGGCCCUGACGCACCACAAGCGCGUGGUGCGGGGGCUGGCCUUCGGCCCGACGGUCGCCGGGACCUCGCGCAUGCUGGUGUCCUCGUCGCCGGAGGACGGCGACCUCGCCGUGUGGGCCCUGCCGGUGACCGGCUCGACCGCGAGCACCCUCGCUCCGGAGGCCAGCAUUCGCAUCUUCCAGCCGGUCGGCCACUUCAACUUCUCCGGACAGGUGGCCUGGCAUGUGUCGGGUAGUUGGUUUGCCGUUCCUGGCCGUAAGAAUGGGAUCACCAUCGUGUGCCGUGCUCCGGCUGAUGCUGGCCGGGCCUGGGCCGCUGCGGUGCACGUCGAGGACAUGUAUCUCGCCGGCGAGUCCUAUGCGGUUGCCAUGUCACCGGACGGCCGAUUCCUGGCAGCCACCUCGCAGGAUGGCCGGGUGGUCAUCUUUGCGGUGGGUGGACAGGGCUCUGGCGCCUCGGGCCCCCGCGCCGGUGAUGAUGAUAUGGCCUUCAUCACUGGUACCCUGUCGCCAGAUGUCACCUCGACCGUGAAUGGCGAGGCCCUUUUCACCCCGGUGGCUCGGUUCACCCUUUUCGGCCGGGAGCGUAGCACCAUGGCCGCGUCUGGCAGUCUCACUGCUUUCCAUAUGGAGUCUCUCACCUGGCACCCGGCCGGGGCCAACCUCCUGGUCGCUUCUGCCAACUCCGGGCACUUCUGCAUGGUCCAGGACCCGGUCCCGACCGACCAAUGGGCCCGCGCUGCCACGGCCAAUGUUGAUGCCAGCCACCUUUUGACCCUCCGUGGUGCGGCUGACCUGGUCAGGGUACUCGGGCAGACCACCCAAGACCCUUUGGCCCGUCUGCAGCUUGGGGCCAACUCCACGGCGUCUGCCGCGGCCGCCGCCGGCGCUGACGCUGGCUAUGAGGACUUUGACUUCGAUGGUGUCGACGACCUGGACAUCCCGGCGCCCAACUUCGACAAUCUUCAUACCUCCUUCCUGGAGUCGGGCACGGUAGCCACGCCACCCACCGUGGCGACGGUCAAGCGCCCUGCCGCCGAGGUGGCUUCCGCAUCGCUGCCAGCUGUGCCAGGGCCGCUGGCCAAGCGGCCCCGCCCGGCCGGCUCCUCGCUGGUUGACGAUGCGGCAACAGAGCGCGAGCGCCCCGGCUCGGGGACCGCGGCCGGCCCUCGGCCCCGGCUGGUGGACCCGGACUUCCCGGAGGAGGAGGGUCUCAAUGUCUUCGACAAGCACUGGCGUCCUUCCGGCUUGGACUUCGAAGACGAGGACGAAGAGGAAGAGGAUGACGACCUCGAGUCGGAGUCGGCAUCCGGCCCUGGGGCCGGUAUCCUGGACAUCGACGAUGGGGUUCCUGGCGAGGACAUUACACUGGCCGGGCGCCGUCGGGCCGCCGGACGUGGCUUCGACUUCCACAGUGCCGGCCGGCCGGUGGCCGAUUCGCCUGGCAGCCUGGACACCGGGCUGAGCCCCACAUGUGCCGGCUCCACGCCGUGGAUUCUCAACCGACGCAUCCUCGCCUGGAACCAUGUCGGAAUGGUUCUGGUGCAUAUGGUCCCGCCAUCGCGCGAUGCCGCUCCGGGGGAGCCGCAGCAGCAUUUCUACGAGACCCGAAUGCAUGAUGCCGGCAGUCGCAGCCGCCGGGUACAGAUCCAGACAGCCACCGAUUACACGAUGGCCGCCAUCAACGAGCAUGGCGUCGUGCUAGCCGGGCCUGGAGGCGGCUCCGCCAGCGGACGCUCGACGCUGCAGUUCUCCUCGCUCGAUGCCCGGUCGGAGAGCGUCAGCUGGACCUUGUCGCUCGAUGCCGGCGAGCACAUCGAGGCCGUGGCCCUGGGCGAUGGCUGGGUGGCGGCCAUCACGUCGCUCGGCUUCAUUCGGCUGUACACGACCGGGCGCCUGCCGAUGCCGGUGGCCUCGCUCCCUGUGCCCGGGUCCUUCCGGCCGAGUGUUUACUCCAAGCCCGGACGCCAGCUGGACUCGGUGCCGGCCAUCAGCCACACCCCGGUGGCCGCGGCGGCUGGCAUGGGUGAUCGGCUGGUGGUCACCUGGCGUGCGGCCGGCCAGGUGCAGCCCUGCUGGGCUCAAUUCGUCGUCACUCCGGGGUCGGGUUUGGCGGCCGACGGGACCCCUGGCCAGGCGCUGCCUCUCACUCCGGGCAGCUCCCUCCGUUGGGUGGGUCUCACGCCGGAGAAGCGCAUGGCAACCUUCGACUCCCAGGGCAUCCUUCGCAUUUUGAUUGGCGAGCCGGGCGCCGCCAUCUGGACCCCCGUGCUGGACAUGGUUGCCGCUGGGCGCGCGGCGGCCGGCGCGGCCAGCGUCUGGCCCGUGGCCGUGGAGGAUGGCCAGCUGGUGUUCCUGCCGCUGGACGGCGGAAACAGUGGCUUCUGCGCCGUCCGCGGGCUCCGGUACCCCCUGGCCGAGCCGAGCAUGAGGCCCUUGCCACAGUCGAGCAAGUUCGCCUGCCCCAUUCGCAGCAGCCAGGCCAGCGGGCCCGACGCCCCUGGCCCCACGUCCAUCGCCACCAUCGAGCAGGAAUGGGCGACCGUGGUGCUGCGACUGCUCGCUGCGCCGGAUGUCCGGUCGGCCGAGCGUUCCGAGCUCCUGGUCCAGCAUGACCUGCUCCUGGUCCGGCUGUUGUCGGAUGCCAUCCGCCAAGAGCAUGACUUCCGCGCCAUUGAGCUUGCGCGUUUGAUGAAGGCCUCUUCCUCGCUGGACUUCUGCAUUGCGGCCGCCAAGAAGUCCGGCCGCCGGGAGCUUCUCAACACCCUGGUUGCCAUUCAGGAGGAAAUUCGCACGCGCGCCCUCUCGGCUGUGGCUACCUCGCAGUCGGGCAGCAGCAGCAGCAGCAACAGCAGUGGUGGUGGUGACAAUGCCACCGGCCUGGUCACUUCCACAACUGCCCGGGGCGCUGCCAUCACCACCCCCAGCGCCCCCGGCCCUGCUUCGCCUUUGCCCCCGGUGGUGGGCAGACCUCACAUCCUCCCGGAAGCGACCGGCGCCACUGGUCUGGUCGCCGAUUGCGCCUUGGCCACAGCCUCGAGCGCGGCCCCGAUGCCAGGGGCGCCGCAGUCGCCGGUGCCCCUCCCGACCCCGGUGCAUCGGGCCUUCUCGACCGGCGCCGCCCCGGUCAGCUCCUCCUCGUCGGCAGCCAGCUUCCUGGCCGGCGCCGGACAGUCUCCCGGUCCUGGGAGUCCGCGCACGGCGGCCUCCUCCAGCGCCAGUGCUCUCCGGUCGAGCCUCUUCGACCGCUUUGCCCGCAAGUGA